ACCACUGCCCGACAUCUUCAUCUUCCCCACCAGAGAGAUCUCCACAGAAGCACCACCAUGAGUUUGAGGAGAAACCCCACCAGCCGCCCAGGAGUGCACUCCAAGGGCUUCAGCAGCUUGUCCAUGGGAUCCUACUCAUACCACAAGAUGAGCACCGGCACCGAGCAGAGGGCCCCGAUCACAGCUGUGACUGUCAACAAGAGCCUGCUCGCCCCACUGAACCUGGAAAUCGACCCCACCAUCCAGGUUGUCCGCACCCAGGAGAAGGAUCAGAUCAAGACCCUCAACAACCGCUUCGUCUCAUUCAUUGACAAGGUGAGAUUCCUUGAGCAGCAGAACAAAAUGCUGGAAACCAAGUGGCAGCUGCUGCAGAAACAGACGACCGCCGCCUCCAACAUCGAACCCAUGCUGAAGUCCUACAUCAGCUCCCUGGAGAGACAGCUGGGGGGCAUCAGCAAUGAAAAACUAAGGCUUGACAUGGAGAACAUUGUCAUGCACAAAAAUGUUGACGACUAUAAGACGAGCUACGAGGAAGAAAUCAACAGGAGGAAUGAUGCUGAGAACGAGUUUGUCAUGAUCAAAAAGGAUGUGGAUUCAGGUUAUCUGUCUCAGGUGGAUCUGAGCGACAGGUUGUCUUCUAACCAGGAUGAACACAACUUCCUCAGGGCGCUGUAUGAUACGGAGCUGAGUGAGCUGCAGGAGAGCCUGAGGACGACCUCUGUGGUGGUGCAGAUGGACAACUCCCGCGGCCUGAACAUGGAUCAGAUCGUGGCUGAUGUUAAGGCUCAGUACGAGGACAUGGCCGCCCGCAGUCGUGAGGAGGCUGAAAGUUGGUACAAGAACAAGUUUGACCAGAUGACUGCCGAGUCGGAAAAGUAUAGCAAUGAAAUGCAUAGCAGCAAAGGAGAAAUAUCUGGACUCAACCGAAUGAUCAGCCGCCUGCAGAAUGAGAUCCAGAAUGUGAAGGCACAGUGUGUCAGUCUGGAUGGCCAGGUCUCUGAGGCAGAGCAUCGCGGGGAGGAGGCCGUGCUGGAUGCCAAGGCUCGCAUCAAGGACCUGGAGCUGGCUCUGCAGAGGGCCAAACAUGACAUGGCUCGCCAGCUGAGAGAUUACCAGGAGCUCAUGAAUGUCAAGCUGGGCCUGGACAUAGAGAUCUCCACCUACAGGAAGCUGCUGGAGGGAGAGGAGGAAAGACUUGGACAGGAUUCUAUUGUCAAAAUCCAAGAAGUGCCGGGCCAAUCCUCCCAGGUUUACAGCCAGCAGCGGCGAAGGUCAAGUCCCCUCCUCAUCAAGACAGUGGAGACCCAUGACAAAUUAUAUGCUACAGAAAACGCAGAGUAUUAACCUGCUGAAUCACCGUGGCAACAUAACUCCCCCUUUACAAUAACCUCCUUUUUAACCUGCAAUAAUUCCACUGCACAUAUGAGCCAAAUCUGUCUGUUCCUCGUCAUGUUUGAUGUCACAUGUUGUGUUUGAAAUAAAGAUGUGUUCAGCUCUA